AUGAAGAAUGACGAGGACUUCAAGGACGCGAUCCGAGAGGCUGUAUUCCACAAGUCCAAAAAGAAGAAGCGCGGGCUCGCGGCGUUGAAGCGCAAGAUGAACCGUCGCACAAAGGAUCGCGACUUGGAACCGGAGGUGCGGAUUCUCCUUUCUCAAGCCAACGAGGCGUUCGUCCGCAACGACAUCCACGUGGCGCAAGACUUGUACAAGGAAGUUAUCCAGAAAGACCCCAAGAACUUUGGUGCGUACAAGACGCUCGGCGAGAUCUACAAGCAACAGGGAAAGCUUGAGGAGUGCUGCACCGCGUGGUUCUGCGCGGCGCACAUCAAUAACUGGGACUACGAGUUCUGGGCGUCAGUGGCGGAGUUGAGCCACGACCUCGGGAACUCUACCCAAGCGAUCUACUGCUUCAAGCGCGGAAUCGCCGCCUCCAACGGGACCGACAUGAAGUCCAUCUUCAACCGCGCGGUCAUCUAUCGUGAGAUCGGCCACUCGGGGCGCGCGUUGGAGGGGUUUCAGAAGCUACACAAGGCGUUUCCCACGGACAUCAACGUGGUGAAGGAGCUAGCAAUGUGCUACGUCGAGCAGAACCGGACAAACGACGCUAUUAACGUCUAUCUCCGGAUUUUUGAUCAGAACAUGAGAGAAGCAGAGGGGGAGUACCCGGUGUUUGAGUGGUCGGAGCUCAACAUCCUCGCAGAGUUGUACGCAAAGUUAGGUUUGUGGGAGCCGUGCGUGCAGAUUAUUACGGUUGCUGCGCGCUGGUUAUCGGACCGUGCGGAUGAGACAUGGUGGACGGGCGACGAGGAGUUUGAUGCCGCCCGUUACACCGUUCAUCCCGCGUACGCAGCGCUCUCCAUGCAUGACCAACAGAAGAACCGUGCGCUCCCCAUCGAUAUCCGCGUCAAGCUCGGUUUCUGCCGGUUGAACAUGAAAGAGGCCGACGAGGCGUUGCACCACUUUGCGUACUUGUUCGAGGAGGAGCUAACAGAGAUUGCGGACCUCCACCUCGAGGUUGGUAAGGUGCUCGAGCAGCUCGGAAUGUACGAGGACGCGCUCCGUUUCCUCGAGCCAUUGCUCGGACAGCCAGAAUUCUCGGACGUGGGGUUAGUGCUUUCCCUCUCCAACUGUUGGCAUGAGACCGGCCGCUACCGUGAUGCGGAGCGCGGGUACUUGAGCGUGUUGGAGGCAGAUCCCGACAACCUCGAUGUCAAGCUCGCCAUCGCAGAGACGUACUUCCACGUCGGCAGCAUGGCCAAGUCGCAGGCGUACAUCCGCGAGGUAGCACAGGCGCGUGCGGCGCAGAAGGCGCGCGGUGAGUGGCUGGAGACGCCCGAGGUGACGGACGUGCUCCGCGAGAUGGAGGAGGACGAGCGCAACAACAUGGCGAUGAUCCAGGAGGUGCACCGGCGGCCAAAGCGCGGGUUUAACAAGGCCCUUGAGGACGAACGGGUAGAAAACGAGAAAAUGCUCAACGCAAAGGUGCUCAAGAAGUUCCACACGUUGGAGCGGUUGUGGGCGGCGUUGGACGACGCGAUCCCGCGGCUGACAUGGUGCCAGCUCGCGUCGCAGUUGAUCGAGAUCUUCAGCAACGUGCGCUCGUUCUUCCCCAAAGACAAGUCGAAGAAGUUCAUGGGGAUCUUCAUCCACAAGCGUAGACGGCAGAUGAACAUCGACGAGCGGUUGGCGCGGGUGUACAACCUCUACGACUCAGUGACCGAAGAGAAUGCAAAGUUCAAGGUGACGUCACGCACGGAGUUUCGUGGGGUGUCGUACGAGCGUUGGUUUGAGUUGUUCAUGCGCUAUGCCCUCGUGUUGACCCUCUAUGAGCACCAGGAGGAGGAGGCGGUGUCGAUUGUGGAGAUGGCGCGCACGUGCGCUAUCUUCCACCAUGACAAGACCCAAGACCACACGAUGCUUAUGGUGCGCAUCUCGCUUGCGCUCAUGACUGGCGAUUACACAAGCAUCAUGCUCAAUGUGCGGGUGCUACUCAACCACAACCAGUUUAACUCAAAGGUCUUGCGCCUCUUUAUGCUCUUGUUGCCGUCGGGGGGCUACGCGUGCCAGAUCCUCACAUCGUUGAACCAUCAGAAAUACUUCUUGCGCCAGAUCAAGGCGUAUGACUCGAUCAAGCAGGGCCGCGCGAUUCCCGGUAUGGCGACGAUUUCCAACCGCGUGACGCCCGAAAAGGAAAACCCGUAUUUGUUGCACAUCUACUACUGUUUGUUGAGUGGCGGGAAGUCCUAUGUCCCGUCAUUGGGGUAUGCCUUGAGAGCCUACAAGCACUUCAACAAGGACCCCAUGUUGUGUUUCAUUGUGGGCUUGAACAAUUUGCACCGCUCCAUGCAGCGCUUGUCGCUCAACCGCCACUUCCAGGUACUCCAGGGGUUCUCGUACUUGAUGGAGUAUGCCGAUUUGAGACAGGGCAAGACGGUGUAUGAGGAGCAGGAGGUGAACUACAACUUUGGCCGCGCGUUUCAUAUGCUCGGUUUGACCACGUUGGCAGUGCCGUACUAUGAGAAGGUGUUGGCGUUCGAGGGGUUGGACGAGGAGUACGAUUUAAGGGCCGAAGCGGCGUAUAACUUGUCGUUGAUUUAUUCAAUUAAUGGGAAUACCGAGUUGGCGAAUGUGUUAACGGAGAAGUAUUUGACGAUCUAA